UUUAGACCACGGGCCCAUUAGCGGGUUAUAACGCAUUCAUUCGAGACGUGCGGUUAUCCAAGUUACACCACGUCCGAGUCUUUUGUUCUUCACUUCCACCGUGGUCUAACGUUUUUGAAUCUUUUCUGUUAUGAUCGAAGCCGUGCGGUGCUGCCACCUUGCAGAAAACUCUUUUGCCAGAGGAGAUUUGCUUUGCUACGUCCUUGACCUUGUGAAGUGGCGCGAAACCAAGCAAUAAUAUACAGCAUCAAAAUGCAAAAAUCCAUCACAUCGUUCUUCUCACCUGGGAGGCCAAAAGCGAAGGAUGAAAAUGCGGGUGUUCCUUCUCAGAAGCCAAAGCCUAAGGAAGGGAAUGUUAACAGCACUACUAAGAGUCACAAACCACAAUCACCCCUAAAACAAAAAAAUCAUAGCCCUUCCAAAGACCAGGAUUCGCCCCUGAAAAGUCGGGCCAAGAACAAGAAAGGAAGAAGAAUUAUUGAGAGUGAUGAUGAGGAAGAGGAAGAGAAGGAUAUUCCAAUGGAAGUUCCAGAAAGAAAAGAUGAAGAAAAUCCCAAGGAAGAAAAAGAAAAGAAGGAAGAGAUAAAAAAUGAUGUAGAGGACAAAUAUGACAAAGUGGAGGUCGUAGGUUCCCCACCCAAACCUCUGAGCCAAGCGUCUUCCAGCUCUUCCAGUCCUGCUGUGGCAUCUCCACAUGGUAUACCAAUGAGGAAAACAGCAAGAAAACAUAUGAAGAAGCGUAAACUUGAAGAAGACAAACCACUAGAAUCUGACUCUGGCAACAAGAAGUCUAAACUGGACCAAGAAACAGCAAAUGACACUAAUAAUGUGGAGAAAAAUGACAAAGCUGAGAGUAAAUCUGCCACCCCAGAAGGAAAAGCCAAAGUCUCUAAGAAACCCCCUUAUGAAGACCAGGAUGUGGAAAUGGAGGAGCAAGUGAAAGAGAAGUCUCCACCUAAUAAAAAGAAAGGGCCAAAAUCUAAAAAAUCACCUCAAGAGAAGAAAGAUAAAGGAAAGAAAGUAAAGGAAGAAAAGAAAGAAGAUUCAGGAAAUGACAAGGAGAGAAAUGUUGUAUCAGAAGAAAAAGAAGUAGAAAAGAAGGUAGUAAAGCAAGAGUUACACAGUUUCUUUGCACCAAAAACCAAUUCAAAAAAAGAACCAACGCAAGAAAAGAAAAUUGAAGAGAACACAAAGAGUACAGAUAAAACGCCUGAUAAGCCUGCAGCGAAGAGUGGCUUUGCUGGGUUUGGAGACAAGAGUGCAGGGGAUGGCAGUAACUAUGACCCCAGCAAGCCCAAUUAUCAUCCCAUCAAUGAUGCCUUCUGGAAGAAAGGAGAAAAGGUUCCAUAUUUGGCUUGUGCCAAGACAUUCCAAGCAAUUGAAAGUAUUACAGCCAGAUUGAAAAUUGUCGAGAUUCUUGCAAACUUCUUCCGUUCUGUCAUAGUCCUGUCUCCUGACGAUCUUCUUCCAUGUUUAUAUCUGUGCCUGAAUAAGUUAGCCCCUGCUUAUGAAGGGGUGGAGUUGGGAAUUGGAGAAACUGUCCUCAUGAAAGCUAUUGCCCAAGCCACAGGCAGAGGUGUAGACAAAGUUAAAGCUGAUGCACAAGAAAAGGGAGACUUGGGAAUUGUUGCUGAGGCAAGUCGCAGUAACCAGAGGACAAUGUUUGCACCAGCAAAGUUGAUGGCGUCAACUGUGUUUACUAGACUGAAAGAAAUUGCCACCAUGUCUGGUAACUCAGUCAUGUCCAAAAAGAUAGACAAAAUCAAGGGGAUGUUUGUUGCCUGCCGUUUCUCCGAGGCCCGUUAUUUGAUCAGGUCACUCGGAGGCAAAUUACGAAUUGGUUUGGCGGAGCAGUCUGUGCUGGUGGCGCUGGCUCAUGCUGUAGUGCUGACACCACCAGGGCAAGAAUAUCCCCCAGAAAUCUUAGAUGCAAGUAAUGGCAUUUCAGCAGAAAAAUUUAAGAAAAAGAUGGAUGAUGCUGCAUUGAUUAUCAAAACAACAUACUGUGAAUGUCCAACAUAUGAUAAAAUCAUCCCAGUACUACUGAAAGAAGGACUGGAAGAACUGCCUAAACACUGUAAACUUACACCAGGUAUACCUUUAAAACCUAUGUUGGCUCAUCCAACUAAGGGAGUGAGUGAAGUGUUCAGAAGGUUUGAAGAAGCUGCCUUCACUUGUGAAUAUAAAUAUGAUGGAGAAAGAGCUCAGAUUCAUGUCCGAGAGGGAGGUGAAAUAAACAUUUACAGCAGGAAUUCUGAGGACAAUACAUCCAAGUAUCCAGAUAUAAUAGGCCGCAUGAAGUCCUGUAUGCUGCCCAGUGUCCAGACAUGUAUACUGGACAGUGAGGCAGUGGCAUGGGACCAGGAGAAAAAAAGUAUUUUACCAUUCCAAGUUCUCAGUACCAGAAAGAGAAAGGAUGCAGAUGCCUCAGAAAUCAAAGUCCAAGUGUGUGUCUAUGCAUUUGACCUUCUCUACCUCAAUGGAGAGUCCUUGGUGAAGGAACCAUUUAGCAGACGGAGAGAGCUGUUGCACCAAUCAUUCAAAGAAGUCGAAGGGGAAUUCAUGUUUGCCACUCAUUUAGAUUCCAAAGAUACUGACCAAAUAGGAGAAUUUCUGGAAGAGUCUAUAAAAGGAAACUGUGAAGGACUUAUGGUAAAAACACUAGAUGUAGAUGCUACUUAUGAAAUUGCCAAGCGUUCCCAUAAUUGGCUGAAGUUAAAGAAGGAUUAUUUAGAGGGAGUUGGGGACACUCUGGAUCUGGUAGUUAUAGGAGGCUACCAUGGCACUGGGAAAAGAGCAGGAAAAUAUGGUGGAUUCUUGUUGGCUUGCUAUGAUGAGGAAAAUGAAGAAUAUCAAACUAUUUGUAAAAUUGGUACUGGGUUUAAAGAUGAUGACCUGGACCAACACAAUGCUUCUUUAAAGCAGCAUGUAAUAGACAAGCCCCGGUCAUAUUACCGCUGUGACAGUAGCCUUGACCCUGACCACUGGUUUGAUGCUGUCCAAGUCUGGGAGGUCAAGGCCGCUGACCUGUCCAUCUCACCUGUCCACUCUGCUGCUGCAGGCUUGGUUGACCCAGAGAAGGGAAUCUCUCUUCGCUUUCCUCGAUUCUUGAGAAUUCGGGAUGACAAAAAGCCAGAGGAGGCCACAUCUAGUAACCAGGUUUCUGAACUGUAUAGAAACCAGCAGCAAAUAAAAAAUCAGAACACAGAAGGAAAAACAGAAGAAGGAGAAGAAGAUUUUUACUAAGUAAAUUGAAAUUGAAUGGAGAUCAGAGAAUCGGACAAACAAGCAAGAUCACAUUAAAACUCAACAACAGUGAUGGACAUCAUUGAUUUCUUUUUACGUGGGUUUGAGAGAAAAACUAUGAUGAAGGUAUAUGCACAGACUAUUAUAGCAACAUAAGUAGGAGGUCCCGAUAAAAGUGAUUACAUUUUUUUCUUAGUUAAGCCGGUCAUACAUGAGAUAAUGCAGUCAAUUUAUUGCUUAUUUGGACUCUGCUGAGUCAGAUAUGCAAUAUUAAUCUAAGUGUUUUCACAAGCAAUGGAUGUACCUGAGAAGGCUUUUGUCACCAUCAUUGUCAACUGUCAAUACAAUGCAAUAUUGAUAUAAGGUUAAAAAAGGUAGGCUUUCAUUUAUGUUCUUGUUAAACACAACUUGGCUGUGCUUGGCUGCAAUAGAAAUUCAACCUAAGUUCUUUUGUGAGAUGGGGAACAGAGCAAGAUGCACAUUUGAUUGUGAUGUGAUGUGUUUGUGAAAAAAAUUCAAAAAGUGAUAAUUUGUUAAGUUGGAUUAAGUUAGAGGAAAUAAAGAUUAGCAUGUCAAAUACCACUUGCUGUUGUGUGAGGUCUGGAAAUCCCAUAUUGAAAGUUUACCAUUACUGUUAGCAUUAAUUUAUGGAAUACUGUUUGCAGAAUAUACCAGUUGUUGAAUAUAUCCAUGAAUUAUAUUCUCUUCUUUGUCACAGAUGCAUGUUAAUUUUAAAGGCGGGCAUUUUUGAUGUGUCAUUAUUUGAAAAUAUUUUAGACCUCAGCAGGAAUAGAUAACUAAGUAAAUUAUAUUUUUCAAGUCUAGAAAUUGUACAUUUGAAAGCUAUGUAUAUGAUUUCCCUGUAUGCUGUAAGGACAAUGAUAGAUAGAAACAUGUCUUGGGAGCUCUAGUGUUAUAAUCUUUAUUCAGUUGUAUAGUGUGAGCAAUACAAGAAUUUGACUCUACACAAGAGGCUGCAUGCAUUCCAAGACAAGCUUAGAUUGAAGCUGGUUAGGUUUUGGAUGAUAGCUUUGCAGCAGUACACAUGCCUGUAUAAAAGAAAAGGCCAUCCAACUUAUUAUGGUUUGGUGAUAAUAGUUAACAGCAUGAAGAGUGUUAUGCAAGGGGGGGGGGUUACAUGAUAAAAGCACCUGGAUCACUGAGAAGUCAUGUAGGCCAGUUGGAGAGGAAGAUGGAAAUUUAGCAGUAGAAAGAUCUCUACAGUUUUGAAGUUUAUCUUGACCAUUUUUAAUGGAACUUUAAAAUGAACUUGAACAUGUGCCAGGCAUAUAUAAAGGUUUUCAAUUGACAUUGUCAUAGUUGUGUUUAGGAAUCCAGACUUGAUAUGAGUUUAUCUUGUAAAUUUUUCAAUGCAAGUUAAUGUCGGGUUUUGAAGUCUGAUUUUGUAUACACAUUUAAAACAGAUUUAUGGAGAUUAUAUUACUUAUUGCACCAUUUAUGUAACAGAAAUGCAAUUUUUGUUGAAAGUGUGGUUUUACAAAUAUUUGUUACUAUGUAAAUGUACAUUAAAUUUAC